GGGCGCAGUGACACCCGUUAGUACGCAGUCCUCCGCCAUUCAGACUGUGGACUGAGCCGAGAAGGCAAGGGACCGAACAGACAAGAGAUUGUCUUUAUUUUUGUGCGUUUAAUCUUUCACUCGAAACCCUACUGUGAAAAAUGCGUGAAAUCGUGCACCUGCAAGCCGGCCAGUGCGGAAACCAGAUUGGAGCUAAGUUCUGGGAGGUGAUCAGUGAUGAGCACGGCAUUGACCCAACAGGAACCUACCAUGGAGACAGUGACCUGCAGCUAGACAGAAUCAGUGUCUACUAUAAUGAGGCCUCAGGUGGGAAGUAUGUGCCUAGAGCCAUACUUGUGGAUCUGGAGCCUGGCACAAUGGACUCUGUCCGCUCCGGCCCCUUCGGACAGAUCUUCAGGCCUGACAACUUUGUCUUUGGCCAGAGUGGUGCAGGAAACAACUGGGCCAAAGGCCACUACACUGAGGGAGCUGAGCUGGUAGACUCAGUCCUGGAUGUAGUGAGGAAGGAGGCUGAGAGCUGCGACUGCCUCCAGGGCUUCCAGCUCACCCACUCCCUAGGUGGUGGUACCGGCUCCGGCAUGGGCACCCUGCUCAUCAGCAAGAUCCGUGAGGAGUAUCCAGACCGCAUCAUGAACACCUUCAGUGUGGUGCCCUCCCCCAAGGUGUCAGACACAGUAGUCGAGCCUUACAACGCCACUCUGUCAGUGCACCAGUUGGUUGAGAACACAGACGAGACCUAUUGUAUUGACAAUGAAGCCCUGUAUGAUAUUUGCUUCCGCACCCUCAAACUCACCACUCCCACCUACGGGGAUCUCAACCACCUGGUUUCCGCCACCAUGAGCGGGGUCACCACCUGCCUGCGCUUCCCUGGGCAGCUUAAUGCUGACCUCCGCAAGCUGGCUGUCAACAUGGUCCCCUUCCCCCGCCUACACUUUUUCAUGCCAGGCUUCGCCCCUCUUACCAGCAGGGGGAGCCAGCAAUAUAGGGCCCUCUCUGUGCCAGAGCUAACCCAACAGAUGUUCGAUGCCAAGAACAUGAUGGCCGCCUGUGACCCACGUCACGGGCGCUACUUGACCGUGGCCGCUGUGUUCCGUGGCCGCAUGUCCAUGAAGGAGGUGGACGAGCAGAUGCUGAACGUGCAGAAUAAGAACAGCAGUUACUUCGUGGAGUGGAUCCCCAACAACGUCAAGACUGCUGUCUGUGACAUCCCGCCCCGUGGCCUCAAGAUGGCCGCCACCUUCAUCGGCAACAGCACAGCCAUCCAGGAGCUGUUCAAGCGCAUCUCGGAGCAGUUCACCGCCAUGUUCCGCCGCAAGGCCUUUCUUCACUGGUACACCGGUGAGGGCAUGGAUGAGAUGGAGUUCACCGAGGCUGAGAGCAACAUGAAUGACCUGGUGUCUGAGUACCAGCAGUACCAGGAUGCCACUGCUGAGGAGGGAGAAUUUGAGGAGGAGGGAGAGGAGGAAGUGGCUUAAGCCUCGUGCUCCCUCCUUUUCACAUCCCUUCUGCACUGUAGUAAUUCAUUCCAUCCAAACAUCCAUCCACCUCUAGCAGUUAUGCUAGGCUCCCCAUUUCUGACUUCCUACAUCUUUGAAAGUCAUUCCUUAAUUCGUUUCUUCUGCUCCCAUCUUGCCUUUGUUUCUCUCCUCUCUUUACCCUUCUUCCACAUAGAGGAGGGCUCACAACACUAAAUUCACACCCCCAGCUCAGUGCUCAUGUUGGAGGUAGCUUGAAACACAAGUGUGCUCGUGGUCUUUAAUUCGGUAGCGUUUUCUGUUAAUAUUAAUUUCUCUAAUUCAGUAAAAUAUCAACAUACUUCCCAUCAAUGAAAGCUGAAUCAGUUCAUCUGGACACAACAUUUAUCGAGAGAAAUGUUUCAUCACUCAUCUAAGUGACCUCUUCAGUCUAAACU